CUGUACAUCAUUGACUUGACAAUAAUUAGUCAUUGGUAUUGAGUCUUACUUGUAUUAUAGAUAAGAUAAGCUAUUGAAUUUAAUGUCUCGCAAAUUUUGAUUGUGUUAUAUGACUGUGACAGGAGAAUAUAGAUUGGUAUGGUGCUUCAUAAAGGCACGAAAUUUGGGUGCACUCAGUGAAUAUACUGAUAAAUAAUACAUGGAUUAGAUAGGGUUAGGGCCUACAGGGAAAUUACCACGACAUGGCUACUGACAAAGUGACACUGACUGAUGCCCUGUCCAAUGUUGAUGUCUUGGACGAGUUGACGCUCCCUGAUGAGCAACCCUGCAUUGAAGCCCAGCCCUGCUCUGUCGUCUACCAGGCAAACUUUGACACCAACUUCGAGGACAGGAAUGGCUUUGUUACCGGCAUCGCCAAGUACAUUGAGGAAGCUACUGUCCAUGCCAGUCUUAAUGAGUUGCUGGAGGAAGGGCUGGUCCAUGCUGUGAUGCUGUAUACUUGGCGAUGCUGCUCCAGAGCAAUCCCCCAACCGAAGUCCAAUGAGCAGCCCAACCGGGUGGAGAUCUACGAGAAGACUGUUGAGGUGCUGGCUCCUGAAGUCAACAAGCUCCUCAACUUUAUGUACUUCCAGCGCAAAGCCAUUGAGCGUUUCUCGGCUGAGGUGAAGCGUCUCUGUCACGCGGAGAAGCGUAAGGACUUUGUGUCUGAAGCGUACUUGCUCACCCUUGGCAAGUUCAUCAACAUGUUCGCUGUUUUGGACGAGCUUAAGAACAUGAAAUCUAGUGUAAAGAAUGACUACUCAACCUAUCGAAGGGCAGCCCAGUUUUUGAAGGUGAUGGCAGAUUCUCACACUCUUCAGGAGUCCCAGAACCUAUCCAUGUUCCUGGCUACCCAGAACAAGAUUCGGGACACUGUGAAGGAGAAUUUGGAGAAGAUACUAGGAUACGAGGACCUGCUGUCAGAUGUGGUUAACCUCGCUGUCCACAUGUUCGAGACAAAGAUGUAUCUAACGCCUAAUGAGAAGCACAUGCUUGUGAAGGUGAUGGGUUUUGGAUUGUUCCUCAUGGACAAUGAGAUAUGCAACAUCAACAAGUUGGAUCAGAAAAAGAAAUUGAAUCUCUGCAAAAUUGAUCGCAUAUUCAAGAAUCUGGAGGUGGUACCACUGUUUGGUGAUAUGCAAAUAGCACCGUUCAACUACAUCAAGCGCAGCAAACACUUUGAGCCGAGCAAGUGGCCGCUGAGCAGUUCUACCAACAUAAGCCCCCAGGCCGACCUGAUGGUUCACCUGCCCAGGAUACGCGACGACCACGUCAAGUAUAUCAGUGAGCUGGCAAGAUACAGCAAUGAGGUGACCACCACCUACAAGGAAACACGGACAGAUGUGGAGAACAAGGACACGGCGGACCUGGCGCUGAGAGGUCUCCAGCUGCUGUCAGAGUGGAGUAGUGUCGUCACCGAACUCUACUCCUGGAAGCUGCUGCACCCCACAGACCACCACCAGAACAACGAGUGCCCCCAGGAGGCAGAGGAGUACGAGCGGGCCACCAGAUACAACUAUACGGAAGAGGAGAAGUUUGCCUUGAUCGAGGUAAUAGCCAUGAUCAAAGGUCUGCAAGUAUUGAUGGCUCGCAUGGAGACAGUGUUCACAGAUGCCAUCAGACGCAACAUCUACGCAGAGCUGCAGGACUUUGUGCAGCUCGCACUGCGCGAUCCUCUGCGAAAGGCCAUCAAGAACAAGAAGGAUCUCAUCCGAAGUAUCAUCAUGUCUGUGAGGGAAACCUGUGCUGACUGGCAGCGAGGGGUAGAGCCUCAAGCAGACCCAGCCCUCAGGGGCAAGAAGGAUCCAGACCAAGGCUUUGGCAUCAAGGUGCCACGGAGGAAUGUUGGGCCAUCGUCCACCCAGCUGUACAUGGUGAGGACCAUGCUGGAGUCCUUGAUAGCUGACAAGUCCGGGGGCAAGCGUACGCUGCGUAAGGACAUAGACGGACAAUACCUCAUGCAGAUAGAUCAGUUCCACAAGACCUCCUUCUACUGGAGCUAUCUGCUUAAGUUUGGAGAAUCUCUCCAGGAGUGCUGUGACCUGUCCCAGCUCUGGUACCGGGAGUUCUACUUGGAGAUGACUAUGGGCCGACGAAUCCAGAAAUGCACAGUGCGCCAUCAGCACAACGAGGAGUGCAGUGACCUCAUCACCAUGGAGAAGAGGAUACAGUUCCCCAUCGAGAUGUCGAUGCCCUGGAUCCUAACAGACCACAUCCUCCGCACCAAGGAGCCAUCUAUGAUGGAGUAUGUGUUGUACCCACUGGACCUGUACAAUGACAGUGCCCACUACGCUCUGACCGUGUUCCGCAAACAGUUCCUCUACGACGAGGUGGAGGCUGAGGUCAACCUCUGCUUUGAUCAGUUUGUCUACAAGCUGAGCGAGCAGAUCUUCGCCCACUACAAGCAACUGGCCUCCAGUAUGUUACUGGACAAGAGGUUCCGUGUCGAGUGUCUGGCCAUGGGAACCUACAUGCUGCCGUACCCUCGCGCCAACCGCUACGAAACCCUGCUGAAGCAGAGACAUGUGCAGCUGCUGGGUCGUUCCAUAGACCUCAACAAGCUUAUCACUCAACGCAUCAACGCUGACAUGCAGAAGUCCCUGGACCUGGCCAUCAGCAAGUUUGAAGCCGGAGACAUCACCGGGGUUGUGGAGCUGGAGGGCCUGCUGCAAGUGAACCGUCUGUGUCACAAGCUGCUGAGCAAGUUCCUGGCUCUAGACCAGUAUGACGCUAUGUACAGAGAAGCCAACCAUAAUGUGCUGGCUCCGUACGGCCGUAUCACCCUGCACGUCUUCUGGGAACUCAACUACGACUUCCUACCCAACUACUGCUACAACGCCGCUACCAACAGGUUUGUGAAGUGCCGCGGCAUCAUGUUCACUCAGCCAGUCCACAGGGACAAGCCUCCACAGAUGGGCCACCACUACCUGUGGGGCAGCAAACACCACAAUCUGGCCUACACCACCAUCUACGGCCAGUACUCAGGUUUCGUUGGGCCGUACCACUUCCGCACCAUGUGCCACCUGCUGGGUUAUCAGGGCAUAGCUGUCGUCAUGGAGGAGCUGCUCAAAAUAGUCAAGUCCCUGAUACAAGGCAAUCUUCUCCAGUUCACCAAGACUCUAAUGGAAGCCAUGCCCAAGAUCUGUAAACUCCCAAGAUACGACUAUGGCUCUCCAGGUGUGCUGGGCUACUAUCACGCACAGUUGAAUGACAUUGUGCAAUAUCCUGAUGCCAAGACUGAGCUGUUCCACAACUUCCGAGAGCUGGGGAACACCAUCUUGUUCUGUCUGUUAAUGGAACAAGCUCUUAGUCAAGAGGAAGUUUGUGACCUGCUUCACGCUGCACCAUUCCAAAACAUCCUGCCUCGCCCAUACUGCAAAGAUGGAGAAAAGCCAGAGAACAAACAGAAGCGAAUGGAACAGAAGUAUGGCUCUCUGCAGAUUGUGCCCAACAUAGAGAGGCUAGGGACUGCCAAGCAAUCCAUGAUAGCUCGAGAGGGAGAUCUGCUGACCAGAGAGCGCUUGUGCUGCGGCCUUUCCAUAUUUGAGGUCGUGUUGUCUCGGCUAAGAGGGUUCCUGGACGACCCGAUCUGGGUGGGUCCUCCUCCUGCCAACGGAGUCAUCAACAUAGACGAGUGCACAGAGUUCCACAGAUUGUGGUCCGCUCUGCAGUUCGUCUACUGUAUACCUGUUGGUGACACAGAGUUCACUGUCGAAGAACUGUUCGGAGAGGGCUUGAACUGGGCGGGGUGUACCAUGAUCGUGCUGUUGGGCCAGCAGCGCAGGUUUGAGGCUCUGGACUUCUGCUACCACAUCCUGCGGGUGCAGAGAGUCGACUGCAAGGAUGAGAUUGUCAAAGGCAUUAACCUGAAGCGCAUGGUCGACCGCGUGAGGAGAUUCCAAGUCCUCAACUCCCAGAUCUUUGCGACUCUCAACAAGUACCUGAAGUCCAGCGACACGGAGGCCAUGAGUGUGGAGCAUGUUAGGUGUUUCCCACCCCCCAUCCACCCCUCACUGGCUGCCCACGCCCACUACUACCGGCCCGAGCACUUGCACCAGGUCAUACAGAACUGACUGCGGCACCGGCCACACCAGUAGCCUACCACUCCCACCGUCAAUCAGACACCAGAGUUCCGGAGGAGGUUUUAUUCAUUUCACCAGAUAUAAGUUCAAAACUGUUAGUUUUAUGAGGCUUCUCCUUUUUUAUUUUAGAUAUUCCAAGUGCAAUGAGUUGUAUAAAAUACUUUGUAUAUAGAAAAGACAUUGUAUAAGGUUGAGUGUGAUUCGCUUUCUUGGUUCCAGUCAAGAGGAUGUCUCUCGUUAAAUCAAGAUGUCCUGGUGUUUCCGUAGUUAAGGUUCACCAGUAACUCCAUUUGAUGGUAAUACUUCAUUAGUUAACGUAUUUUAUACAUGCGUUCAAUGGCUUUUCCAUAUACAAUGUGUAUAUGUGUUUUAGGUUGUAAUCCCAAGAUAUCGUUAAAAUACUUUUGGAUUUACUUUAGUUUUCCUCCAACCUGCAAGGUUACUGUAUGUCCUUUCUGUUGAAGUACAAAUCGAUACAAAGAAUACAAUGUGGAAGUCAACUCGACAAUAAAACUCGAACCUCAAAUAUGAGAUAAUGAAACAUCAAACUCUGAUUUACUAGCAGCUAUGUUGGAAGUAAACUGCUGCAAGAGAAGUAAGGCCCCACAGUCUUCCCAAAUGCAUGUUCCUAAACCUGUAACACGUAAAAUAUCAACUCUAUACUUUAGAAAGGUUUUUACAGUAUGUUUAAAUUCUGUAAAAACUGACUGAAACACAAAUUCGAAUAGAUUUUCAGCACUUUUAUUACCAGCAGCAGAAUUACAUUGCCUUUCAGUGAAUCUCUUCAAGAAUGGGUGAAUUAAUUAAAGGGUUCGGUUUGGUCACAAGUUUAUUGUAACCUUAAAUUUUGUUCCAGGUUUACAGUAAACUGUGUAUUACAUCCCAGCUACUAAAUAAUAAUAUUUGGAACUUUCAAAUUCAGACUUAAAGAAUAUGAAGUGUGAUUACAAUUUGUAGGAAAUGGCAUAGGGAUGCAACUGACAAUUUUAUAUUUACCUGUUGUAUAUAAUAUUCUAUUUUAUAACCAGUAUUUAAUAUUGUCAAUUAAUUAUUUAUUGUAAUAAUCAGUGAUGUUUUUAUCGUUAGGAUAGGUUGCACUUGAAAAGAUCUGGAUUGGUACUGUAAAUAUUUGUAAAUUAAGCUUAAGUUCGUAAUUGAUUGCUGGCCUACAGCACUAAACCCAGCUUAGUGCACUCAUGUCCAUUUAUUGUAUUGUUUUCAUAAACAUUAUUCAGUUAUAGUAAUAGUGACAGUUAUAGUUGAUUUCACAUCCAUGUACUGUAUUAAAUUUUACAUAUUAUGCACAAUAUUAGUCAGUAUAACGUACAACAUUUGAAUACUAUAUAAAAAUAUUACCUAUCAUCCACAGAAUUUUAACAUAUAAAUACCCUGUAUUGUAUUAUUUGUAAUGUAUUAGAAAAUAAUAUUUUAUAUUAAACAGUUAAAUAUUUACA